GGUUAGCGUCCUCUGAUUGGCUGAGGUGGUCUGCAUGUUGCGCUGGGAUUGGGCAGCGGGGCUGUCCGGCGCGUGAGUGUGGGAGCUGGGGAGGGGGCGUUGGCAGCCUUUGAAGGUUUUUUGUGGGGGGAGGUGUCGGAAGGGGAGGAGGCCCAACGAGCCAGGCACCCUAAGCCUGGUCUGGCCGGGUCAGGUCUGACCGGAGGCUGUGUGGAUGACCGGGGGGGUGGGGUCUGAAGUGGGGCGGAGCCUCGGAGAGGCUGCGGCCGCGGCCGAGAGAGGAGGGACGUGCCUGGUCACCGCCCCCUCCUCCUCUUCUCUACCCCCUCCUCCUGCAAGCUGCUAAAGGGGCCAGAGAGGCGGCAGCGGCAGCAGCGGCUGCAGUUCCAUCCCAAUCUUCCUCCUCCUCCUCCUCCUCCUCCUCUUCUUCGUCCGCCAACAAGGCUUCCUCCUCCUCCUCCUCCUCCUCCUCCUCGUCCUCCGCCUCACCUAGGGAGCGAGCGAGGGGGCAGACAGGAGGGCGGGCGGGCUGGGGAGAGGAGCCUUCGGCCAUGGCUACUACCACCAGCACCACCGGCUCCACCCUGCUGCAGCCCCUCAGCAACGCGGUGCAGCUGCCCAUAGACCAGGUCAACUUUGUAGUGUGCCAACUCUUUGCCUUGCUAGCAGCUGUUUGGUUUCGAACUUAUCUACAUUCAAGCAAAACUAGCUCUUUUAUAAGACAUGUUGUUGCCACCCUUUUGGGCCUUUAUCUUUCACUUUUUUGCUUUGGAUGGUAUGCCUUACAUUUUCUUGUACAAAGUGGAAUUUCAUACUCUAUCAUGAUCAUAAUAGGAGUUGAAAAUAUGCACAAAUACUGUUUUGUGUUUGCUUUGGGAUACCUUACAGUGUGCCAAAUUACCAGAGUCUAUAUCUUCGAUUAUGGACAAUAUUCUGCUGAUUUUUCAGGCCCAAUGAUGAUAAUUACACAGAAGAUCACUAGUUUGGCUUAUGAGAUUCACGAUGGUAUGUUUCGAAAAGAAGAAGAACUAACUCCAUCACAGAGAGGUUUGGCUGUAAGACGCAUGCCAAGUCUACUGGAGUAUUUAAGUUACAACUGUAAUUUCAUGGGUAUCCUGGCAGGCCCAUUAUGCUCUUACAAAGACUAUAUUACUUUCAUUGAAGGCAGAUCAUACCAACUGACACAGUCUGAAGCAAAUGGAAAAGAAGAAAUACAGUAUGAAAGAACAGAGCCAUCUCCAAGUAUUGCAGUAAUGCAGAAGCUCUUAAUCUGCGGGCUUUCCUUAUUAUUUCAUUUGACUGUCUCCAAAACAUUACCUGUAGAAUACAACAUUGAUGAUCAUUUUCAAGCUACAGCUUCACUGCCAACAAAGGUUAUCUACUUAUACGUCUCAAUCAUGGCCGCCAGACCCAAAUAUUAUUUUGCUUGGACUUUAGCUGAUGCUAUUAACAAUGCAGCUGGAUUUGGUUUUAAGGGCUAUGAUAAAAAUGGAGAAGAACGUUGGGACUUAAUUUCCAAUUUGAGAAUCCAGCAAAUAGAGUUUUCAACAAGUUUUAAAAUGUUUCUUGAUAAUUGGAAUAUUCAGACAGCUCUUUGGCUUAAAAGGGUCUGUUAUGAAAGAGCCUCCUUUAGCCCGACCAUUCAAACUUUCAUCCUCUCAGCCAUUUGGCACGGUGUAUAUCCAGGAUAUUACUUAACAUUUUUAACAGGGAUGGUAAUGACAUUAGCAGCAAGAACUAUGAGAAAUAACAUUAGACAUUACUUUAUUAAACCUCCAGAGGUUAAAUUAUUUUAUGAUGUUAUAACAUGGAUAGCAACUCAAGUAGCAAUAAGUUACACAGUUGUACCAUUUGUACUUCUCUCUAUAAAACCUUCCAUUUUGUUCUUCAGCUCCUGGUAUUAUUGCCUUCACAUUACUGGCAUCUUGGUAGUGGUAUUGUUACCAGGAAAGAAAACUAACAGAGGAAAGAAAAUACAGCCAGAAGACCACCUCUCACAGUCCAAAAAAUUAGAGGAAGAAGAAAGUCCUUUGGGACUGAACAGUUAUUUAGCAACAAAUAACAUCGGCAGUCAGCAGCAAAAAAUAUCUCCCAGAUAUUCGGCACGAAAACAAUGAUGGAGAGAAUAUUACGCUGGCUAUUUUUCAUGUUUUCAGAAACCACUUUUAGCACCUUUUACAGAGGUUUGUAUUCAACUGAAACAAAAUUAAGUGACAAAAAGGACAUAUAUAUAUAUAUAGGGAAUAUCUUGUAUAAUAGACUGCAAAUAGAGUGAACUGACCCCUCUUGUGCCAUGUCCCUGUGGGUCAUGCCUUAUAUGAAAAUAUUUCCAUUAUUUCAAUGGGCACUCAGGACUUCAACGUAUGUCCAUAGGGUCAUAUGUGUGCCCCUUUGAUGAAUGUACGUUGUGUAUCCUAAGGCACUAGGGGGUAGAAACAAUUGUGUCGAUCUAGAUGAAGAGAGGGAAAUUUAACUUUUCCAGAUGAAUGCUUUGCCUUAAACCCUCUAUUUACUGAAAUAAUUGUUUCUAAAUGGUAUUUUAAUAUUUGUGUAAAAAGCAGAUUUCAGAUAUUUAAUGUUAAAUGCUGUAAAGGAAAUUAGAAGGAAGAAUUUUAAUUAGAACAUUGUAAAUGGUUUGUAAAUUGCAAUAAACAUCUCAGUAUUUUGAGGGUUUUCUUACAGUUAUCUCAAAACAACUUAAGUAGAUUGCAGAAUUGUAAACAUUACCAAUGCCAAAAUAUAGGUAGCCUAGAUUGGCUGAUUUUAAUUAUAUUGUAUCAGUCAGAUUGAUCCCUUCUAAGAAGAUUUUCUUAAACCUAUAAUUUAAAUAUGGCAAAACUGAUAUUUUAAGGUUUUUUUUACUUUUUAAAAAAAGAAGAAAACAUUAAGUGGACUUUGCAAUUAGAGACAAGUUGGCAAUCAUAGGACCCAGAUCAAUAUAUUGCAAGUUAAGUACCAGGUGCUCAGCUGAAGUGCUACUUACCCCUAACAAGUCUGAAUUUAUUUUAUUAUUGUAUUUAUGAUAUUCACAGAUUUAACAACUAAAUUUCUUUAUAAUUUUCAAACUAAAGCUUAACAGGCAUAAAACCUAUAGAAUUAGGAAAGGAUUUUUAAAUAAUAGAGCUAAAACAGUAUCAUGGGAGUAAGUAAAACAUUUUCACUUGGUUAAGUAUAAAAGCAAGUUCCCUUAAACUAACUGUUGAAUUGUCUGCCUCUUAAAUAUAACAGCCUAAUUAAUGUUUUGAAAAGUUUAAGGGGAUUUAUAUAAGGCUGUUGGUAGAAAAGAUAAACCACAUCUUUAGAAAAUCUUAUAUAAAUAAUAUUUAGAACUAUUAGAUAUUGUAUAAAGUGCUGUCAUUUAGCACCUUUUAAUUGGAUUUUUAAUGUAGUGCAAAAGUAUGUUUUUGUUUUAGUUUGGGCCAUUUUCAGGUGCUUACAAUUCCCUUGAAGUACUACAACUUUCUCAUUAUUCCCAAGGGCCACACAAUUCUUUUGCAUUAAUUUGAUCUUAGUUGUGACUAAAAAAAAAAUAGCACAGAAUUAUCAGUUUUGUACAAGGACAGUUGGCAAGAAGCAUCACGAAAUCAUUUAAGGUUCCUAAACUAUGUGAUAUUUGGCAUAAGUGUGCACAGGGCUCUUAAUGUAUUGAGCCACUGAAAAAAGGAAGAAAGAGGUGUUUUCAUUUUAUUUUUAGCUGACAUUUUAUUUUGCCUUAUUUUUAUUAAAUGCAAACUUUCCACAUUCUCCAAAUUCUUUUUGAUAUGUUACCAUUUACAGAUUAUGAUUAACAAAUUGAGUGAAGGGCAAAAUAGCCUGUGAUGUAGGAAUGUACUAAGUAGUGGUGGGUUGUAUGGUAGGUUUUUUUUUUCUUUUUUGGAAAAGCAAAGAAAGCUAAGACACCUGCCAUUCAGCAGGUCCUAAUCAGCAAAAAUGUAGAGCUGCCUUUUUUUUUUUUUAGCCUUAGAAAUAUCACAGGCUGCCUUGGCUCAGUCUCUGUUGAAACUUCUCCUUGUUUCACACCUGUCUGGAAAUGUAGGUGGGGCUGGCCCUGUCCUGAGAACUUCCCAGGAAAGAAUGGAAAAUGAAAACAUUGAAAUUAAGAUGCAUAAAUAAUACGGGAGGACAGAAAUGAAUGUACAUAGAAAGACCAGUUAAAGUUGCUGGCAAAAGAGUUUUCAUUCAUUGAUGAAUGUAGCAGAGGACCUAUGCACUCUUUAAGAGGAACUGUAAGGAUAUGGGUUUUAUUAAGACAUUUCUGGCUAGUGGAAAGCACAAGCACUGGAUUACAGCCUUGUAUGUAAGUAGGGAGCAGGGGGAAGCUCAAAUACUUUUCUUUUUAUUAGCCCUCAAGGAAAUAAUCAGCAUCCAUUUUAGUUUGACAUAAUUUGAUUGCAGAGCUGGAUGGCACCCUGGAAGAUCAUCUAAUCAAGGCUCUCAUUUUACAGGAGAGCAAACUGAGGUCCAGAAAGGUAAAGUGAUUUUUCCCAAAGUCACACAGAUGAUAAAUGGUAGAACCAGAACUGUAUUUCCAAUUAAGUCCUCUUUCCAUCCCAUGAGGCUGCCUCCCUCACCUUUAGGAGGCAACUAUUUUAUAAGGUCCACUGGUCAUCAUCUGCUUAAGUGACAAUAUUAUAGCCACUCAAAAAGUGAAAAUCUCGGGCAGGUAGGUGGCACAGUGGAUAGAGCACCGGCGCUGGAUUCAGGAGGACCUCAGUUCAAAUCCAGCCUCAGACAC